AUGUCUCUGCUUCAGAAGCUACUAUCCAACGCUCUAAAAACGAAGAGUUCCCAAGUUAUAUGCAAAGCCCCAGAGCCAAUAAUACCCAAUGAUAUAGAAAUAAGGCCACUACCGAAACCUGCGGGCUUCCAGUACGUUGAGGAUGGAUAUCUACGGUACCGUCCUGCCAACUACGCAAAGUUCUCUCAUAUAACAAACAAGAAGCUUCCGAAAGAGCCAACUGAUAUCAAGGGUGUCGACCAUGCGGCGUACUCUCACAUUGAAAGGAAACAGAUGUAUAAAAAGACACCAACAGUCGUACACAAUGCGUUCUUCAGGUUGAAGUAUUAUCCAUACUACCAUCAUUUGUCCCUAGUGAGAAAGUCAAACAUUGCAUAUACCUUCUCCAACAUAGGUGGUUUCCCUUUGAAUGACCGGCAAUUGUAUGAGGGUUUCAAGUCUUACAAGGGCCCUUACUCGCGAAACCAGUACUUCAAGACUACACCUCAUCCGAAAGAUACAGCGGUUGCCCGAGCUAAAUUCCGGAAAGCAGUGAAGAAAGCACUUUUUAAUGCUCUACAUGAGAUUGUUCCUGAAACUCCUAAAGACAUUGAGCUAGUAAGUGGCAUCUGGUUCUUCAAGUUUGAUGCGUCCCCUCGCACAGAGGAGGACUACAACCUAAUAACAAAAGACCUUGCAAUUGCGGUCAAGAAAGUAUACAAGGACCAACAGUUUCGAGAGCAGAUUAAUCAACUUCUGCACCUUCAUAAUCGAAAUGGCACUGAUAGACGCUUAAUAAGGGAUGCACAUCUCGAGGUAAGACCUGGCUCGUCAUAUGUGCCGGGGUAUUACCCAAAACUACCUUUCAUAAAGACUACAUCUUUACUUGCUUGA